UGAGCUUUUCAGGUCUGAAUCAAUGUGAAUUCUCAAUGUAUACUCUGGUGUCUUCAUUAUCUCAUCAAGCUGUUUGAUCCAAGAAGUGUUGAAAGGAUUUCAGUGGUUACCUCCUCAGAAUUGGGGCUUGCUUCAUCUUAUUUUCAGCCUUGAAAUGUUUUUGUAUAAUUUUCUCCCCCUGUUCAGUAUAUCCUCCACUUGUUUUUGGCACCUGAUAUGCAAAUAGGAAUAUGUCCGGAAACCUUGGAAAGAGAGCUGCAGCUGUGGUAAGGGAAGGGUGGGGGGGUGUCUGUAUUGUGUAAUGAGGAUGCUUCAUGCCUCGGAUGAUCUCUAUUCUGCAGCGCAAAGCAUGCAUCCUUUUGUAUUACAUUGUGGAAUCUAAGAAGCCUAACACACAGAGAAUUGUUGUCCGGAUGGGUGGUCUGUGAUGGGAAGGGGCCAUGAGCCUUUCAGAGCCCCGUGCUACCUUCGUACUCUGAACCCAUGAACAGAGGAGCAAUCUUGCAACGAAGGACUACUUUUCAUAUCUCUCUCACGCUAGUGAAAUUAGAGCCUCUGAGCGAUGGAGGCAGUGGGAGUGAGACUUGUCAGAGGGACAAAGCUACCUCAUCGGAAGAGGAACCUGAUGCCAAGGCUGCAGGAAAGAUUUCUUUAUUGUACGGCAACAAAAAUGCUUCUGGCCAGCGACCUAAAGGUCCCCAAAAUUUGAGGUUAAAUGUUAUCGAGAAUGUGGAGCCAAUUGAAUCUAGAACAAUAGAUGAUCGAAGCAGCUUCAGUAUUCGAAAUGAUGAAUUGGGUGCUGGUGCCAGAUCAGCCUGGGUUGAAGUGCAUGAAUUACCAAGCAAAGUCCAAGUUGAACCAACGCUAAAAUCUGUGAAUAAAUCUGAAAAUGUAGGAUUGUUGUCUUUUUCUACACUCUGUGCCAAGUCCACAGGCCAGUGCAGACAUACUGAUUUUAAUGGUGCUAAUGAGAAGAAUCAAGAUGAUCACAUUCAACCCCCAUGCCAGUUGUGUGCUGUUGCCAAGAUUGAGGAGAAUCUUGCCAGUCCUUUGGCUUUGGAGAAAAGCCACACGAAAACACAGACUGAAGUUGACCAUCCGAGAAGAUCUGAGGCAGAAGGAGUCUUGAAAGAUCAAACUGAGAAAGCCAUGAGCCUUCACAUCCCACCAGAGCAAUCACUAGAAAGUAAAUGUCUUGAUAUUCAAAUCGAGAAGAAAGCUCAAGUUGAAAGGGACCUGCCACAAGAAAAGGCUAUGACUGUUUCUCAACAUGUGGAGAAAAGUAAUGUAAAACCUAAGCCCCAAUCUCUGCCUGUGAUUGCUGAGAAAAGUCCAGGUAUGCUGAGAAGUUCCAGUGGCAACCAGGGUAAAGCUGAACCAAUUAAAACCUCAGGGAAAAAGGAAAAGAAUCUUCGUCAUACCAACUGCUUGUCUUGGCAAGAGACUGAAAUGAAGAUGAAAAUUCAAAUGAGUAACAGGAAGUAUUCCAGAGUAGAAAGCCUGAGGAGCACUGGGGAGAUGUUCCACAGGAGAGGUACACAGGUAACAACUGAACAAGGGAAGGGAAAGAGCAGAACACUGGAUAACAGUGACAUUCAUACUCUUUCUGAAGACCUUGAACAAGGCCGGGGCAUCCCAACGCCAGAGAGAACCAAGUCCAAUGCACGGGAUCGAAAGAUGUUAAAAUUUAUCAGUGGAAUUUUCACCAAGAGUGCAGGCGCUGUGUCUGUCUCACCUGCAAGUGGUGGAUUAACUCAAAGGGAGUUUGCUGCUGGAGCCAAAGGUCCCUCCUCAAAUCAAAAGGCCUUUGUAAACAGCCAGGAGUGGACGCUAAGUCGCUCAGUCCCAGAGCUCCGGUUGGGAUUGGUUGGUAGUCUGUGCAGUGGGAAGUCUGCACUUGUACAUCGAUACCUGACUGGCACCUAUGUCCAUGAUGAGUCUCCAGAAGGUGGUCGAUACAAAAAGGAAAUCAAUGUCAAUGGUCAGAGCCAUUUGCUGCUGAUCAGGGAUGAAGGAGGUCCUCCAGAUGCACAGUUUUCAACCUGGGUGGAUGCUGUUAUAUUUGUCUUCAGCUUGGAAAAUGAGAAGAGCUUUGAGGCCAUUUACAAUUACUACACCAGACUCGCGAGCUACCGGAAUACAGCUGAGAUUGCUGUGAUGCUGGUGGGAUCACAGGAUGCAAUCAGUGCUACCAAUCCACGAGUCAUUGAUGAUGCUCGGGCACGAAAACUCUGUGCUGACCUAAAACGCUGCAUGUAUUACGAAACAUGCGCGACAUAUGGACUCAAUGUCGAUCGAGUGUUUAAUGAAGUCACACAGAAGAUCUCAGCCAUUAAGAAACAGCAACACCUUUUUGCUACAUCAUGCAAGUCUUUGCCAAGCUCUCCAAGCCAUUCAGCUGCCUCUACCCCAGUCUCUACUAUUCACAGCGGUCAGGCAAGCAAUGGUGGAAACAUGAGUGAUUAUUCAUCUUCUCUUCCCUCCACUCCGAACAUCAGUCACCGGGAUCUGCGGGCUGAUGUUUGCCAAGCCUCUGGUACUCCGGGUUCUGUCCGCAAACAUUCAAAAAGACGUUCAAGUCUUUUCGCUACUCGGCGGGGAAGUGAUACAGAGCGGAGGAGUCUAGACAGUAAAGCAGAUAAUAUUGGAAGUGGCCGUGCAAUCCCAAUUAAACAGGGUGUGUUGUUGAAGAGGAGUGGAAACUCGCUAAACAAAGAGUGGAAGAAGAAAUAUGUUACACUGUGUAACAAUGGUAUCUUGUCCUAUCAUCCAAGUUUACAUGAUUAUAUGCAGAACAUCCAUGGAAAAGAGAUUGAUCUUCUCAGGACAACAGUUAAAGUUCCUGGCAAGCGGCCACCCCGUGCUGUUUCAACCAGUGGUGCCUCCACCAGCCUGAAUGGACUCAUGGGCAGCGGGCAAGAAAGUGUUGAUUCUCUGCAUGCUGGUGGUUUAGACCCUGUUGCUGAGCAAGCAAUUGUUGGUGAUACCAAGGUCAAAGGAAAGUUCCCAAACUGCUCCUCCAUUUCUAGUAGUGAACAGUGGAGUGAAAAUAGUUCAAAAACUGCUGAAGGGGCUACCAUAGGUGAAGGCAUCUCAAGUCCCUCAAGCAGCAAGCUGGACUCCCCACCCUCACCCCAGAUAAACCGAAGGAAACAUCGCAGGAAGAAGAGUGUGAGCAGGGCAGAUGGCAUGAUGGGAUUGGCAGAAGCCAAACGCAGGGUGUGGAAAUUAAAGCGUUUUGGUAGUUUAAGAAAUAUUUACAGAGCAGAACAAGAGGAGAACAUUGAGUUCACUAUUGUCUCCAGCACCGGCCAGAUGUGGUACUUUGAAGCAGUGAACUUUGAAGAGAGGGAUGCCUGGGUCCAAGCCAUUGAAAGUCAAAUCCUGGCCAGUCUGCAGUCCUGUGAAAGUAGCAAGAACAAGGCUCGGAUGGACAGCCGGAGUGAAGCUGUUGCCCUUCAGGCGAUAAGAAAUGCCAAAGGAAAUUCAUUCUGUGUUGACUGCGCUGCUGCAAAUCCUACCUGGGCAAGUCUGAAUUUGGGAGCACUCAUAUGUAUUGAAUGCUCAGGGAUUCAUCGUAAUCUUGGGACCCAUCUUUCACGAGUACGAUCUCUGGAUCUUGAUGACUGGCCUUUGGAGCUAACUCUCGUGCUGACGUCUAUUGGAAAUGAGAUGGCAAACAGUGUGUGGGAGAAGAAUACUCAGGGACGCAGCAAGCCCACUCCAGAAUCUACACGGGAAGAAAGGGAGAACUGGAUCAGAGCAAAGUAUGAGCAGAAAUUGUUUCUUGCAUCCUUGAAAUACCGCGACAUUCCCAUUGGAAAGCAGCUGUUUCGAGCUGUUAUGGAGAAGGACCUUCACAGUAUUUUACUACUGCUUGCUCAUGCCAAAAAGGAGCACAUCAAUGAAUGGACUGAAGAUAAAGACAAACGGACAGCUCUGCAUCUCGCCUGUGAACGAAAGGAUGUAGUAGUGACACAGCUUCUUGUCUGGUACGGCAUUGAUGUAAAGGCCAGAGACGUGAAUGGAAACACAGCUCUGUACCACGCCCGGCGAGCAGGUGGCCAGGAGUGCAUGGAUGUUCUGUUGCAACAUGGUUGUCCCAGUGAUGGCUGCAGUAUGACACCUAGUUUCAGCAGGAAAAGUAUCAGUGCCAGUCUCGAAAGGACUGAGCCCAGGCUUCCAUAUUAAACCGAAGCUUUUGAAGCACUGUGUAUCCACACCUUUUUCAUUCUCAAAGGGCAGCUACUGCAGCCUCCAGGCUUUCCCACCCUUACCAACUCCCAUCUCAUUCUGAUGCAGAAUUUGGUGACCAGGAGGUGCAAUUCUUGGAAAGCACAUACUAAUUUACCACAGUUGAUUAUAUCAAUUGUCCCAAAGCCUUCUGACCAAGAGAUUGAAACUGCUGUUCUUCAAUGUAAGAGCUGUUUGAUGUUUUAAAGCCCAUUUCCUGGACAGUUCACCCCAGGUCGUAUUUAAAGUGUCGAGCGCCAUGUGACUUGCAGGACAGCACUGUCAGUAUCGGAAUAUGGGGUAGAUUAAGGUUUCUGUUCGAUCUACUGAUUUACAAUUCUUAGAAAGAAUUGAAGGUUGUUUACAGAAAGCAUAACUGUGAUGUGCUGGAGUCAUGAAUCUGCAGUAAGUUAUAGACCCCAAUUUUCAGCUCCAAAUGUUUUAUAUUUGACAUAAUGAAAAUGUUGUCAGUUUUAUUUUCCAACUGUUUAAAUGGUGGUCCUAUGAGUACUGAUUGUUCCUUUUAUUCCCCCAGAUGUGCACUUGUAUUUAAAUUUGUAAAGGGAAUUUGUGCGUAAUAUCAGAUAUUACAGUAUUUAGAGAAAUGUGAAGACCUACAGAACAUUCUUUCAUGCGAUCCUCUGAAGUUCCAAACAAGAAAUAGUUGGAUACAAUUCUUAUUUUGGGGAAUGAGAAAGUAGUCACUGGAGCGGCAGAUAUCUCAAUUGUCAACUGUAAAAGGUUCCAUUUACAUUCUUUUGGCAAUGAAGCUUCAUUCGUGCUGUAUUGUGCACAAAAACCUUUAACCUUACAUAACCACACCAUAUUCUGCCAUAAUAGCAUGAAGCCAACAACCUGCAAUGGCUUACCCGCAGUUUUAUUUGAAGCUGGACCUCUAAUUUUGGUACAAUGCACUGUUGAACAAAAACAAUUUUUUUAAAAAAGAGGCUUGUGCUGAAAUAAAGCACCAUGGUUGCAAAUGAAAGAAAAUUCUGCAGCUCAAAUAAUCCUGCUGUUACAACCAAAGGAGCACUGUCUGACAGGAAGGUAAUGAAAGGAGAUAGAAGCAAAGGGUGGGGGGUUGGCAAAUAAGUGAAAUAAAGUGUUUUUAGAAAGCUUUUUUUUUUAAAAUAGAUGACUAAUGUGUAGUCCCAUGAAAUCAACUGCUGCUUGGAGACCAGACGCUUCACCACAGGGAAUAUUACAUCAGGAAUCAUUACCAGGCACUUGAGCAAACUGCCUAAUGGCAGAUUUCAGAGUGGCAUUGGCAGGUGGUUCACACGUCUCAGUGAAAGUGCAUGGAAUGCAAGGCUAGAAGGGAUAAGAGAAAAUUGAGAAUUUAAAUUCAAAAGAAAAAAAUUAUCCUUGUAAGGUGCUGCAACUUCAGUACAAUGUACAAUUCCUAGUUAUCUUGAUAAUGCCUCUUCAGUCUUAUUACACUGUCAGUGCACAAGCUUUUAGCUGCCAAAUUACUAGGUCAUAGUAAUUUAGUAGUUAGACACUGCUAGAAUGGUGGGAGAGCUUACUGUAUCUAUAAGGUCUAAGUCAAUGUCUCAAGACUUUGUUUUUGAUUCUGAAAUAUAGGGAAAGAGCCAAUAAUCACAAUGCAUGAGACUUCCCAGAUUGAAACAAAUGGGAUAGGAGACUGGAUAAGAUAAGAAAUAGGAUUUGGAUUAUAUCAAACUUGGAUUUUAAAGAUUGUAGGAGAAAUUUGCGGUGGUGAGCUUUGAGGUCUCACGUCACCUACCAUACUUUCUAUACCGUAACCGAAUGACUGGGCCAUUGAGAUCUUCUGCAUUAAUGCUUGCAUGCUUUUUGAUGGAAAAAAAUAUAUUCCCAUAGAUUGUCAAUCACUGCUUCAACAGAUGAGACAAGCCAUUUUGUCCAAGCACCUAGCAGUUAAAAUUGAACCACUGUUUUAGCCACACGUGGUAAAAUCAAAGAGAAUGUAAACAUAUGCAAAAUGCAGGCUGUGUUUACUUGAUUUGCUUGGUAGUUUAUCUUUGAGCAAAAAGAUUGUAGGUUCAGAUCGUUCGUUCUCGAUUAACAUCACAAUGCAGUACUGACGGAGUGCUGCAUUACCAGCUAAGACUUCAAAUGAAAUUGAGAUUGUCUCUUCUGGUGGCACAGGUGAACAUGAAAGAUUCAAUAGCACAGUUUGUCUGGUCAAUGGCAUCUCCCCCUGCUCACCCCAACAAACCACCACCAAAAACAGAUUAACUGCUCUACGAUUUAUAUGCUGCUUCUGCAAUUUUGCUGUGCGCAAAUUGGCUGCUGCAUUUGCCUCCAUAGCAACAAGCAUUGCAUUUCAAUAAUUUUGAAUAUGAGUGCUUUGGAGCAGUUUCUGGGAGCUGUGAUAAGGCGCAAAAUAAGUGCAAGUAUUUUUAACGCAAAGUUCAUAUCACGCUUGGGGCAGAGGGAAGGAGUAAGCUAAUAUUUACAAUAUCAAAUCUGAAACUCACCUGACAGUAGGCACUUGUCUAGUUAUUAAUAUGGCUCAUACUCUUGAUGUUUCACAAAGAGUCAGAGUGUAAGAGUAAUGAAAUAAAAAUAGAGUGCUAGAGAAACCCAAAUAUCUGCUAGCAUAUGUGGAGAGAGAAACAAAGUUAAUGCUUCAAGUCUGAUAUUCCUCUUCCUCAGAACCCGAAGAUAGGUCCUUGAUUUUCUCUCCACAGAUGCUGCCAGACUUGUUGAGUUUCUCCAGCACAUUCUAUUUUUAUUUUAGACCUCUAGCAUUCUCAAUACUUUGCUUUUAUGUGACAGUAAUGAAUUCUAUGUAUAUAGAGUGCUACACACUGUAGUAGUACUGUUCUCGCAAAUAUUCUGGGGAACAAUUUCCUCCAUGUGUCAUAUCUAGCAAAAUUAUAAACACAUUAUUUGCAACUUUGCUAUGUAUAACACCUAGGGUAAUUUCCCCAUUAUUAAGCCACUGUUAGCUUUUAGUACUUCUUGUAUUGCUCACUUUAAAUAGACAAUCUGCUUUUACAUUUUAGUGGAAAAGAAAUCCAAACAGAUGUUCUGUUUCCUUCUAGCUUAAUGGUACAAGUUGUCAAUGUGUGAAAAUUGUGUCGAAGUUGAUUACCUUUAAAUGGAGAUUGCCCUUGGUGACUGUUUUGAUCAGUUUCAGUCAUUCACUGUUUUAAUUACUUUUCAGCGUUUAUACCCUUUAGUCCCCUCUGUAUCUGUGACUAUUUUACUGUCUAAUAAACUCAUCACAACUUUAAUGAACAGAACCAUUUUUAAAAUUUUCUGUUGUGCUCCUUUCUCUCCCAAAGGCACUGCCUGGCCUUUGCUGGGAUAAAGUUUUUUGCUGGUUCUGAUCCUCCAAUAUCUCUCCCUGGCAGAGGUAUCAUGUGCUAGCCUACACUGGUGGCGUCAAAACUGAGCUUCUUCCUGCCUCCAAGCAAAUCCCACACCUACACAUUUCCCAGCAAAAGUCACUGUACAGCAAGAAGAAACAGGAAUCCACACUAAUUUUGUCUCUUUUACUGCCUUGCCCGAAAGCAGAGUUCAACUUUUUUGUUGUGUUGCCUAUUCCUCCUCUGUCUGGAGUCAGCAAACUCAGCACGGACUGUGUGUCCUGGAACCAAGUGUGUGUUUCAAACAUUAGGUCACAACUUUGUGAUGAAAGAACUGUUUCCCUUCCCAAGUUGAAAUUGUUUUCAAGCUGAUUUUAGGAUGCAAUUUAAAAUGUUUUUACUCCUCUGAAACAUUCAGUUUUGUUAAAUUAGAAGUGUCUGCUUAUUGUUGCUUUGGUUCUUAUAAAAAUAGCUUUUUAACUAAUGGUUUACAAAAAAAGGGGGGGAAAUAGCUGAUUUUAAAUUAAACUGCAUAUCCACAAAUUUUCAUGGCAUUUCCUGUCUCCCCUCCACUAAAGUGGUCACUAAUUUAAAAUGUACAAAAGCAUUUUAUCUGUUCAUCAGAAGUCUGCAAGAUGAACCAAUAUAACCUCUGUAUUACAGUAAAAGCCAAAAUUACUCUGAAGGAUUUUGUGUAUUUGCUGUGCCAGAAUUAAACAAAAUGUGCUCUGCAUGCCCACAUUGCAUGAGAUUUGUGGCAAUUGUAUGUCACUAAUCAAGUACUGACUAUAGCUGACUUAGAAUAACAUGAGCACAGCAGACUAAAGUUACGCUGCUGUGAAGCCAGUUGUAUAUGACCAGGCAAAACUAACUUUUGCUAGCUUCUAAUUGCCAAUUUUAAUACUUUCAGUGGCAACAAAGAACUAAUCAGCUGUCCACUAGCCUUAAAAUCAUAAAACAUUAAUUGUAAAAGUUUCUAGGUAGUCAUUAUGUCCACUUAAAGAGCUUUAUAUGGUUACUUUCAUGCUGGAACACAGAUGGCUCAGAGCAGGAGGAAGUCAUUCAGCCUGUUGAGGUUGUUCCACCAUUUAAAGAGAUCAUAGUUGAUUUGACCCUCAAUUCUAUUUUUCUGUCUCUGUUCCAUAUCCCUUGAUGCCUGAUCUAAAAAAAAAAUCCAGUAGUCUCACUCUUUAAAAUUUUACUUCACCCGAGGCUUUUGGAAGACAGAGGGCUAGAUUUUUAUUAUCCUGGGUUUGUGGAAAAUUGCUUUCUGAUUUCACCCCUAAAUAUCCUAGCUCUAAUUUUAACACUGGGCUGAAUUUUUCAGGUGUCCAAGUUGCAUCUAGUUUAUUUCAGGAUUUAUUGCCAUGAGGCCAAUGAGUUUUCUCACUUGAUCUUAGCAAACGCCUCAUUAAUUACCCACGCAGGCAUUUCUCCCAUCUAAUUCCAGACCCAUCUUACCAUGCACUGUUCCUGAAUCAACUCAUCACUCAGCAGAUAUCCUGGGAUGCAGCAAUAUCCCCUGUGUCUGUGCCAUUUUUAAAAGCCGUUGUGCAACCAGACAAGCACUGUCACUCCAGAGGUCCCUGCGCAGUACCUGACAUUUGCUCCACAGAUGCCAGACAGGGAAAUCAGUGCCCAACUUUCUGGACACGGACCUGUAAGUUGUGGUGGACUGGUUGGUGCAGAGGCAGGACAUCCUUUUCCCCCAGGACCAGCAGAGGAGGCCAUGAUACCAGAUCAUGCCAGUGCGGUCCGAAAUGGCCACCAAGGUCAGCGCAGUCUCCGCAUCUGGAGGAAUGCCCCAGUGCUGAAGGAAGAAGAUCAACUAUCUUCUCAACUCUGUCAGCAUAAGUGCCAACAUCUGAUACCUCACACUCACGCUAUUUCUGCUACUAUACCCACCUCCCACCCGUGUUUUACCACACUCACUCUUGCCUGCAACAUCUUCUCUCACUCGCUGUCACCAACCCUUACACCGCUGCAUGCCUUCAGCAUUGCCUUGUCACUUACUCGGGACAUCUCCCCAUCUCUAACAACUGUAACAGCUGUGCCACUCACUUACCUGCCUUUGUCUCACUCUAGGAGGAAAGUGGCCCUAUAGGGCAGAAAGAGUCAAGACAAAUGGUGAGCUGCCUCACCCCUAAUGUGGAAACCAUCCUGACUCUAGCCAUUCUGUAUGGCUGGACAGGUACCAGAGAUUGCCCUUGUCAUUAUGCCAGUGCCUCCUGACUGAAGGCUAUCCUCUUGACUUAACUGAGGUCUGCUGCCAACCAUGACAAGCUUCCUUCCUUUGUAUUUGUGCCAAAUGGCAAGAGUCUGCACUAUGAGAGUGAGUGAACAGGCCCGGGAUCCAGCCUGGUGCAGGCCAUGAUCUCGGAGAGGUGGGGGUGUCCCUGAACAGUGUCCUCACUGCAGCAUUACAAUGAGAGUUCCAGGACAUCCUGAGGGGCAACAUUGAAGGCAGAAGGGUCCUCCAAGUAUUUUGGAGAUGGACCAUGAGGGUUCCUGGAGGCUGGCACAUGUCAGAUGUCAGUGUUGACAGAUGUGAGGUGUAUGUGGCAUGCUCUGAGAUGCUGGUUCCCAGUGUCCAGCACUGAUCCUUUGCAGGCAGUAGUGAGCUGAAGUGGCCUGGUACCCUCCCAGACCUUCAUGUAGAGGUUUCUCAAUGUCUAGUUUGUUGGGUGAGUUUGCUAAAAUAGGGAGAAUUAAUUAGGUGAUCUGGGCCAGCAACAAGGUGUUUAACAAGCAAUUAUCCCCCACUAAUUGACAACUUGCCAAUACCCAGUACGAAUCUCACCAUGCCACUUGAAGUGAGUUGCUCCCAAUAUCGAAAUGGGCCUCAAUGGUCUUCUCAUCCCGUUCUGCCACAAAUCUCACCAUAGCCCUCAUUGCUCAGACCACAAUAAGAUUCUGUUCUAUGUCCUCAUGUUCUGGAUUCCCACACUAAAGGAAAAACUCUAGCAAAUCUUUUUUAUCAUUUUAAUUCCCUGAAUUAAAUUACCUCUCAGUCUUCUAAAUUUGAAGCUCAACAUGUCAGUUUUAUGCAUCUUAUCCUUAUAAUAUAACUGUUUAAGGCCUGGUACUAUUCUGGUGAAAAUGUUCUAAUUUGCCUUUCUCAGAUCCAAAGAAAAUAAAUUGACACUUUCUCACAUUAAUCUCUGUCACACUGCCCACUCACUCAAUCUAGGCGAAAGUGAGGACUGCAGAUGCUGGAGAUUAGAGUUAAGAGUGUGGU